GCACACGUGUAAGGCUCGCAAGCGGCUCCCAGCGGCGGCCGGCGUGGGGGAGCAACUCGACCAGCACCGCCGCGAACCCCGACGGGCCGAGAAAGCUAGCAGUAAAAUUUCCUUCUCUGCGCCGGCUUGUCUUGUGGCUCCGGUCACUUCUCUCUGCUCGACUGCUCCUCCCCGUUUACUGCGAAAGCGGUAGAGAAGCCGGAAUCUUGGCGACCUCUGGUCUCCUCUCCUGUGUAUCCGAAGUCACCGCCAUCAGGGACAAAGAUGCGGGGGUCUCAGAUGGGCCCGUCUCAGAUAGGCGACAGGAUGCAGGGGGCUCAGCUAGGCUCCCACACGAUUCAGACUCAUGGAGUAAGAUUGGCCAGAAAGCACACGCACGACUGGGUGGCUCUGAUUCUUCUAGCUGCAGUUGUGGUCGCGCUGCAUUAUGCUCCCCCGUUCAACCGGUUCGUUGGCAAGGAUAUGAUGACUCAUAUUAGGUACCCAGUGAAACCAAGCACCGUGCCAGCAUGGGCCGUUCCUAUAAUCUCUAUCCUGUGUCCUUGGGUCAUCUUCAUAUCCAUAUAUGUUGCCAGGAGAGACGUUUAUGAUCUGCAUCACGCAACGCUAGGCGUCCUCUUUGCUGUGCUCAUAACUGCGGUUUUCACUGAUGUGAUCAAGGCUGCAGUAGGGAGACCUAGGCCGGACUUCUUUUGGCGAUGCUUUCCUCAUGGAAAGCAGUUAUACGACCAGGUGACCGGUGGUGUGAUUUGCCAUGGUAACAAAAGCUUCUUAACUGAUGGGCGCAAGAGCUUUCCUAGUGGCCACACUUCGUGGUCUUUUGCUGGUCUUGGAUUUUUGUCACUCUACCUGUCUGGCAAAAUUAAGGCUUUCGAUCGCCAAGGUCACGUGGCCAAACUUUGCAUUGUGAUCCUUCCUCUUCUUCUUGCUUCACUUGUUGGGAUUUCUAGAGUGGAUGAUUAUCGGCACCACUGGGAGGACGUGUUUGUUGGCGGCCUUAUUGGAUUUAUUAUGGCAGUGCUGUGUUACUUGCAUUUCUUUCCUCCUCCCUAUCAUGAUCAAGGUUGGGGACCAUAUGCAUACUUCCACAUGCUGGAGGAACUUCAAGCAGCCAAUUCAAAUGAUGCACAAAACCAACAAAAUACAGCUACUGGUGGGCAACACAUUGGCCUCUCUAGGCAGGAGCAUGAGAUGAAGUCAAGAAACGAUUUGGAAUCUGGAAGUGUGUAACCUGCCUUCUGCUCUUUAUCCAAAGAAGCAGCCAUGUACAUUGUACAGCUGGUGAGUACGUGCAAGAUAAAAUCAUGGCGCACAGGUGAGGUUUAUCUCCAGUAAAGGUAAAAGACAGGCAUAAGCAUAAUCGCCGAAUGACUUGAAAACGAAAAGGGUGACCAACUUUCAGAACUUAGCUGAAGAAUAUCUUGGAAAGACGAGCAACUUUCAGAAUUUACCACUGGGCCAACAUUUGUAUAUGCAUCGGGGAAAUAUGCGGCGAAAAUGGUUUAUGCAAAGACACGGACAAAUCUGCAGGUGUCUGCACGAGAAGAACUCUGUAUAGAGCAGAGAAUGAAAACAAGGUGCGGAAGGUGUGUAUCCAUUUUCUUUUGAAGCAUUUUUUUUUCGAGAAUACGCAGGAGAGCUAUGUAUCAUUGCAUUAAGAAGAAAAUUAGAGUGUUUGAGUUUACAACGCGGGCCAUAAGGGGCGCACGCACACCUUGAGAUUGAAGCAUCUAGUUAUGUGUUAGUAACACAUUAUACAGUGAAUGUUCUGCCAGUUUUUAUCUGUCCUGGCCAAAAAAGAAAAAAAAAACGAUCUUCCACAUCGGCCUGUAC